UGCAGCCGCUGGUAGACGACAUUGUUGAUGAAUACGAGAGCGACAAGGAGAACCAGGUUGCAGUUCGCGCGUAGAAGCUUGUUGUUUGGUUAGGAAUGCCGCUUGGAAAUCCACGUUUUUGAUCACAAGGCUAUGCCGGGCAAUUCUUCUGCUGUGCUUCCGCGCCAGUGACGGAAUUCGACUUUCAGCACCGCAUUGCACAUUUUUCACAUUCAUUUUCCACUAGUUCGCCUUCACUUCCAAUUUCCCGAAUCCCUUGCUUUCCGCAUUCUUUCUGAAAUGUCUGAAUCGAAGAAGGCGCAGAUACGCACAGGACGACGCGGUGCAGGGUUGAAUUCCACAGUAGCGCCAGUGGCCCCCAAACCACGGCCAGCACCGAGCAAACCAAACAGCGGUGGGCGGCGUGGCAAGCAAAAGCCAGAGCCUCUGCCAGCUAUCCCUGACAGCCCAGGCAGCGCAAUGGAGUUUGGGCUACUCCCUAGCAGGUCGCAGUCAUCGCGAGCAGACGCGCAGGAAUCACAGGCCCUGGCCAAUAUGCUAUCAGACGGCGAUAUGCCCCUGGUUCUUGUGGCCGAUAGCAACUCGCACAUGAACCCGGCUGCCGAAGGCACCCAUGAGCCCGAGAAGCGGCGGGCGCUGUCUGGUGGAAACGAGCCAGAUUCUGUCCAGACGCCAGCCAAGCAGGUGCUAGUACAGCGGCCACGUAGCACAACUACAACACCGUUUGGCGGGCGCAAGAGAGGCAUAUUCACAAGGCCUGAAGGUGUGCAGCGCGCCGCAACCACACAGACUUACGCACCGCACAGCAGCAGUGUUAGCCCGACGGGCGGUGAUACAAGCACAUGGCAGCGUAAUCACUCGGAGAAUGAGCGGCCUGUAGUUACAAGGUCGGUAUCUGGUCAGGAGCAGGCUGCGGUUGGUACAGACACACGGGCGGUGCAGUCGGCAACAGCCGCACAUUUCCAUAUUGCCAGUGGCAAUGUGCUUAACGACGCACAGAAACGGGUACCACGGCUGUCGAAGCGCGACAGCUCGAUGACGGCCAGCACCGUGGAGAUCCCCGAGAGCCUUGCGUCAAGCUUAUCGACAGAUCGAUCGAUGGCGUCCAACUCAGUAGGCCAGCAAAACUCUCGCUCAGAGGUGUUUUCGCCCACCAGCACGCUGCGUAGGACCGAGAGCGACGUAGUGAUACCAUCAGAGGGCACCCGGGGCACCCAGGUGAAGCCCAAGGUCUCUUCGUCGGUGUUUUCGCAGUCAAAGGCUGCUGGCCGGUCGAAGCGCGGUGGUAGCGGCGGGGAUCUGCGCACCAGCGAGUUCAAAGGGGCAGCGAAGCCAGCAGCCAGCGGAGGCGUGUUUGGCAGCAAACAGCGUGCGAACACAGGCGAGCAGCUGCAGACUUCGGGCCAUGACUCGGCCGAUUUGGUGAUCAACACGUCUCAUAGCGGGCCUUCGGAGGCAUCGAGUAUGUUCUUGUCGCCAGGACCUGACCAGGGCUUUGGUGUUCCGCGAAAUCGGCUUGCAGCAACACAGCGCAAGGGCGGACACGGCGCUAUGACAGAGAGAUCGGCAGAGGACUAUCCAGGCCAGAAUGGGGCUGACGGAAAGCGGGUAUGGCUGUAUACACCGCCAACGCAGCCUACAGCCAUGGAUCUUAUUUUGUCAGGUGCAGCUGCCAACAACCCCCGCCAGGGAUCGGCUCAGCAGGGCUCAGGUGAAGCCAGAUCGGCACGUAUGCCUAGUACUCAGAACGACUCACCGAAUGAGACUAGCCAGCAGCUUAUCAGCAAGCUAUCCGGCACAUCCGCUACGGCGCAGGGCGCCUCGGCUGGUGGAAAAGUGCAUUACCGCCGCGACAGUGCCACGCGACAGUCGUCAGCCAUGUCUGGAUCAACACUGUUUGGAACCACUGGGCGAGUGACCAGUGCCGGUCGUAUCGAUCGCGAUCACAGCGACCUUGCCGAUGCCCACAGCACCGACAGCGCUCAGGCAUCCAGCGGAGGGCAGCAGCUGCUCAGUCCCUGGGCGUUCACGCCAACGCGUGGGCACAAGAAGACCUUGGUGUUUGAGCAGCCAUGGCGCUGGAACGCGGUAGCCCCGAGUCCCAACAAACAGCCAAUCUGCGCAGUGGCUGGGCACGAUGGGCUGGUGCUUUUGCGCAUGGGCCCCGAUCAGAUCACGCAGGAGGCGCACAUGGCAAUGGGCCGCCGGUGGAACAUGAGCAUGGAUUUCAAAGAUGUCAUUUGGCGGCCGUCAGAGUACAUCACCACUGGCUCGAAUGACGGAACUGUGACGAUCUGGGACCCUGAGCGCCGCACAGACCAGUUUGUGCGCAAAUUCUCCGACUACUCGCGUCCCGUCAACCGUCUGACACCGAAACCAGAUAACCCGUAUUUCGUGUAUGCGGCAUACAGCGACGGCUAUAUUGUCGGCUGGGAUGUGCGCGCAUCUGACCGCAAUUCUGGCACCCGGCUGACUGGGUCGCUGACCGCACAGGAUAUCGAUUGUACACCCAGCGACGCGUCAAAGAUUGCGGCAAUCACGCAAGAGGGACGACUUCUCGUCUGGGAUGAUCGCAAGCCGACAACGCCGUACCUGAACUUUGAUGCGCAUCCGGCAUACCGUGGGCAGUGCAUUGCGUGGCACCCGAACGGCCGAUUUAUCGGCAGUGGCGGCAGCGACCAAGCAAUCAAGGUCUGGGAUAUCACUACGGCGCCGAAAAAGUUCAGCGUAUCCCCGUUCUGCGCAAUCCGCACUUUGGCGCAUGUGCAUAAGCUGCAGUGGCGACCGGGCCACGACACACAGUUGUCGUCGUGUGCACUGUCAUCCGAUAUCCGCUUCCAGGUCUGGGACAUGCACAAUCCGAACCACAGCUUGAUGUUCCAUGACCGCCACAAGGGUGCCAUCAGCGGGUUUACAUGGUACGACGAUGACGUUGUAUGGUCCAGCACUCGUGAGGGCGAUGUCGUUCAGUGUGAUAUGCAGAACGAUGCUGUGUUCACAGCUGGCCUGAUGGGCAAUACAGUCGCUGAGUUCAGCUCCCAGCACCACUUGGCGGUGGCAACCGGCGAGUUCUUCCAGCGUAGAAGCAGUUGCAUUGAGCAUAUCAUGGUCGACGUCUCUGCGACGCAGAAGCGCCAAGGCGUGGUCCAAAAACCCGGCGGCAGCGCCUCGGGACAGUCUACAUUUAGCGGUUCAGCCAACCCGUUGCUAGCGGGGAUCAAAAACUCGGGCAAAAUGUCGUUGGAACUGUUAAAGUACCAGACCAAUCUCCCCCAAGCCUUCUUGGAUGAACACGUUCUUGACCACAAGCUGACUGGCGAGCCCAAUGCAAUGGCGUACUUGGCGCGUACAUACCGCUUUGACCCGGAUGAGUUCUCCGCGUGCUGCGAGCACAACGCCAAAAUAUCCAGUGCGCGGUUCCCUGAGAUCUCAAGGUUCUGGCGCUUUUUGUCUACAAUGCUUGGCGAUUCACUGCCGCUCAAGCCACGCAAGCGCUCAGGCAAGUCCCGCAAAAAGGGGACCAGCGAUCUGCAGUCCGAGCGCCAACUCAGUAGCGUCGGCAGCCAGUCCUCGCGGGUGCGUCGCGCGUGGUUGCGGUCUAAUCUCUCCGAGUCUAUCAGCCGCGCCAGCUCGAGCGUGUUCCUAAGUCGAUCUGUCAUUGACAGUUUGCCUGAUGGGGGCGACGGAUCCAGCGAUGGCGAAUACCACAUGCCCUCGACUUUAAUGCCACAGGCGCCUUCGAUUUUGCAGUCUGGCAGGACGUCACCAGCAUCGUUCUCUGCUCUUUUCCAAUCGCCAUCCAACAGGAGUAUUAGCCGCGGCAGCGAGACACGGUUUAGCGAGAUCUCAGAAACAUUAAAGCAUGCAAAGGCCAACCGCCUGCUGCCCGCAGUUAUGUUGCAGAGCGAAGGUAGGGAGACGAUGUCCAGAUCAAUUCCAAAUCUGCAGCAUAUCAUGUCUGUCUCGACACGGCCCAGUAACACCCCGUCGCCGCUUGCCCGGCCGCUAGCGCACUCAAUGUCUAGCCCCUCUGCAGACGAUAUGGCGCUGCAUAUUACGCAAAACAGCAAUGCGCUCCGACCGAAUAGCGUUGUGCGCAGCAGGACCACCGGCAGCAUAGGCUUGCCAUCGCGUGCUACCGAACUGUUGCCGCUGACAUCGGCUUCAGCGCAACCGCAAGAACGUGCGCAGUUUUUCUUUGCAGACACAGCAGAUAUCCCAUCAGGCGUCGCAACUCCCAAUCUUGCCCUUGUCGCUUCUGGCGCUGUUUUGCCAGACGCCGCUCCUACGGUGGCACCAGCAGCCAAUGGUGUGCAAACAGCAGCCAAGCUGAAUAUCCGCACGCAACGGUAUGCAACCAAAAAGGAACUUCGGCUUGUUGCAGAUUCAUGCCAGUACUACGCUGACAAGGGCGACGUGCAAACUGCCGUGACCGUAGCUCUGCUGAUGCGCGGCUUUAUUCGAAUCCACAAAUGGCGUGCCGCUGAGAACUGGAUGCUGGCGUACAUUGACCAGCUCGACCAGCAGCGAGAAUUCGAGGCAGCGACCAUGAUUGCGCUAGAGUCCCCGUUCAAGUCUGUCCGCGAUGCCAUAGAGACACGCAACACCGUUGGUAUCGAAUGCUGCCACUGCCGAUCCACAUUGAUGCAGCUACCAGACACGGGCUUGGCACUGUGUGUUGAGUGCAAACGCGCUUCCACUCAGUGUGCGGUGUGCCAGGAACCUGUCAUUGGUAGAUUCGUGUGGUGUCAAGGAUGCGGCCAUGGUGGUCAUGCAGACCAUUUCCAUGAGUGGUUUGACGACCUGGAUCAGACCGAAUGUCCAUCUGGAUGUGGCCAUGCCUGCAAUCUGGUCCCAGGCGUUAGCUAAAAAUGCGGUCUGGUAGAAUCACAUCAAACUAAUCGACUUGCAUCGUGGC